UAUGUAUGUGUGUACAACAAUCUAACCGCUGAUGUUGUUGAUAAUGGCAGAAUUCUAUAUAAAACUUAGGUUACAUAUUAUUAGUUGUCAACAAAAAUAUUAAUAAAAAAUUCUAAAAAUGGGUUUGUUAACAGACCCUCGAGCAGGGAAUAUGAAAAUAAUAAAAUUUAUUUUACAAUGGCAAAAACUAAUAUGUUUUUUAAUGUAUAUUGCGGGUGUAACGUGGAUUUCAGUUUUAGCCCUGCCUGUUUUUAAUGACAAUACAUAUUUUUCUGAGAAUGCAUUAUUACCUGGCUUAGUAACUAAACAAAGUAAUUUAGAUGCAAGUGCAAAACAAUUUCACCAGGAAUUACUUCAUGAAAUGAAAAGAUAUCCUGAUAGGAUGCCUUAUUCCUGGAUUUUAGCUAAGAUGAAUCAAUUACAUUUAGAUGUCUAUACUCACAAUUUCACAUUGAAUUAUCCAUUCAAAAAACAACAGUUUCUGGGACAAAAUGUUUAUGGAAUUGUUCGAGCACCUAGGGCCGCCAGUACUGAAGCAAUUAUUGUCAGUGUACCUUACAGGCCGAUUAGCAGUGCACAUUUAACGACAGCACCUUCAAUAGCGCUGUUACUUGCUUUUGCUAAAUUUUGUAGGAAGCAAAAAUAUUGGGCAAAAGACAUAGUAUUCCUUGUAACGGAACAUGAGCAAUUGGGUAUGCAAGCUUGGUUAGAUGCUUACCAUGGAGUUGUAAGUGGACAAGAGGAUGUGUUAAUACCAGGAGAUUUAUCAGGGCGAGCUGGUUCCAUUCAAGCUGCAAUAAAUCUUGAAUUACACGCUAUGAAAAUUUCAUACAUUGAUGUUAAAGUUGAAGGCUUGAACGGUCAAUUACCAAAUUUAGAUCUAUUUAAUCUCGCUCAAAAUAUGAUUAAAAAAGAAGAAAUACGUCGAUCAUUUCAACAAAAGUUUGAUAUUUAUCAUAGAGAUAAAUUCAAAAGAUGGUGGUAUUAUUUCAAUACUUUAUCAUCAAUGAUUUUAACUCAAGCAACUGGAGUACCAACUGGAAAUCAUGGUUUAUUUCAUAGGUAUGGUAUUGAAGCAAUUACUCUUGAGGGUUUUGAAAGAACUCACGAGAGAGGAAAUGAGGCAAACUUUAAUCAACUAGGAAGAGUGGUUGAAAGUAUUAUCAGAUCGUUGAAUAACUUACUGGAGCGUUUUCAUCAGUCAUUUUUCUUUUAUUUAUUGCCAUCAACUGAUCGAUACAUUUCUAUUGGACUAUAUAUGCCAUCUUUGGUAUUAAUUGUCGGUAGUUUAUUUAUAAAAGCAUUUUCUAUGUGGUUAAAAUUACAAGAUUUACCAGCAAAUUCUGAAAAGGAUAAAAGUAGCAAAGCUAAAUCCACAAACAAUCAAGAAAAACCAGCAGAAGAUUUUCAAGUGGGAAAUUUAGCAUCAGAAUUAUUAUGGUGUCAUUUAUUUGGUAUAGCAGUGAUGUCUUCGCCUAAACUAAUAACGUCAUUAGGACUGCAGUUAUUUAAUUUAAAAACUGAAGAUUCUAUUUAUUAUGGAUUUGCUACUAUGACACUUGUCAUGUUGAUGUGGUUCUUUUUUACAAAAAGGUCAUCAAGGUACGAAAAUACGUCACUUAUAUGCGUCGUCGUGCUUGUAGAAUUGGCAACAACUUUGAUGUGUAUUGGGAUGCAUAAUUUUUCACUAGCCUUACUCAUAAGUAUUAUUUUCGUACCAAUUAUUCUUUUUAUCAAUCCAAGAAAAAAAGAAUCAAAAUCAAAUUUUAGGAAGUUGUUGUAUUUUUUUUGGACAUUACUCCAUCCAUUCGUAAUUGUAUCUUUAAUUGUGAUGGGUUAUACGUUUGUACAUUUUUCUGAAGACCCAAUUAUAGAAAUAUUGAAGAAAGGAAUAGAUGCUUCAAAAAAAUCAUUUGUAUUUAGUAUUAUUGAUUCUAUGAUUUAUGGAAAUUGGCUGUAUAAUGUAGCAGCAAGUGUAUUAUUUCCAAUUUGGCUUAUAUUAUCUAAUGUAAUUGCGUCUAAAACUGAUUAAUUCUUCCAAAAAUUUAAUUUUAAGAAACCGAUUCUAGUUUUAUUUCAGUCAUAAUAAAUUUAUUAAUACAUUAUUAAA